UCCGAGGGAUGGAAAUCUGCGAGUGGAAACAAAUGGUCCAAUGGAACCUUUAGUGGGGCGGUCUAGUUCAGGUUUGUGUAAUGGGGGCGGGGGUAAAACUGGGAAUACAGGUCAGUCUUCACUGCCGUCAAAGGAAUUGUAUGAUUGUGGUGUGGUUUCUGUGCGUAAUGGUUUUGAUGGUAAGCAUUUUAACAGUAAGGGGCAGGUCUUAACCAGUAAUUUCAAUAGGGAAAACAUUAUGCCUUGGGCUGUGAAUUGUUGUUCAGUGAAAACUCACUUGCCAUCAAAUUGCAACAAUCAGCACGUUGGGAGUAACUAUCCUGGGAAAUCUUCCUAUUUUGGUGACAGGGUUUCAGGUUCUUGUCAGAAUGGAAUUCCAAACCAUAGGUUUGGUGUGUAUGAUUAUAGAAAUCAUCGAAUUCAUCCUUAUUAUAUGAGAAAUCAUAGGAACAAUUUUGUUGAGGCAGGAAACCAUAGAGGUGUUAGACUUGAUAGCACGGUGGGGACAUGUUAUCUUGGGAUCAAGCCGUAUUCAAACAUCUCAGAGCAACAGCAGUCUAUGGGAUUAUAUGAUCCCAGUUUGUUGAAGCUGUGGCCAGGUUUCGCAGAGCAUGCAUUGGAGGGUGGGGCGAGCAUGAUGGCUUCUUGCUUAAACAAAGGCAUCUUCCCUUUUGGUAUCCAAUAUGGGAAGGCGACUUUUAGAGAGCAGGAUGCGCAUGCAAUUUUACAGUAUGGAAAUUCAAAUACGGAGGAGAGUCAUUUAGCCUAUCAUGAUUUCUGCAAUGGUGUGGUUAAUCAAUCUUUCCUGUCAUCUGAUGCUGUUAAGAUUCCAUCAUCAUGUGUAAGGGUGAUGGAACCUCGGGAAGAUCUAUUGACUGGCUCUGAGUUUGAGAAGAAUGAAGCUCUAUAUAACACUCUCCAUGUGAAUUUUCAUCGAAUGUCCACCAAUUAUGCAUCCAAUUGUAGUGAUCUUGAGACUGAAAAACUCCUGGUUGGCUCACUGGAGAAUGCUAAUAUCUCUGGUCCUUCAAAUGAAAUGGACCAUAGAAAUGAAGCAGCAUUAGGACGCAACUUGACAAAUAGCACUAAAAAUUUGCAAGACGGAAUUGCAUCUUCUAUGGAUCUUUUGUAUAACCUCUCAUUGUCAUCAUCCAAAGGAAUUGAUACUCCCCAGAAUUCUUCUGUUUCUGGCAGUGUUGUCUCUGAUGCCUUGUUGAAGUCUCAACCAAAGCCUUUAGAUCCUGUGGAUGAAGGACUAUUCAGUGCAGGCCUUGUAGUUGAUGAAUCAAACAGGGUCAGAUCUAGUUCUUCUUCGCAGAAUGCAGCUAAAGCAAGAAGAGUUGCUGUGCAUGGAGAAGAAGUUCAGAAGGAUCCUGGUUUAUGCCCCGAAGGAAAGGGUGACGCCAAAUUGAGCUAUAAAUCUCCAAAGAUAAUUGGUGGAAUCUCUAGUCACCUGACAACGUUCUUCGCUCAUUUAACUGCUGGAGAGCUGCAGACUAUAAAAAAUUCUGAUCUUGAAUAUAUAAAAGAACUUGGAUCGGGUACAUUUGGAACUGUUUUCCAUGGAAAAUGGAGGGGAUCUGAUGUCGCCAUUAAGAGGAUGAAACCAAGCUGCUUCACUGAAGAUUCAUUGGAGGAGGAUCGACUGGUUGCAGAUUUUUGGAGGGAAGCUCACAUGCUCGGUCAGCUUCACCAUCCAAAUAUUGUGGCCUUAUAUGGUGUAGUUACUGAUGGGCCAGCAACAAAUUUGGCAACAGUGACAGAAUACAUGGUAAAUGGCUCCCUAAAACAAGUUCUACAAAGGAAAGAUCGGACAAUUGAUCGUCGGAAGAGGUUAAUUAUAGCAAUGGAUGCAGCAUUUGGUAUGGAAUAUCUACAUGAGAAGAACAUUGUCCACUUUGAUCUGAAGUCUCAUAAUUUCCUUGUGAACAUGAGGGAUCCUCAAAGACCAGUAUGCAAGAUUGGUGAUCUGGGCUUAUCAAAAAUCAAACAGAAGACACUCAUCUCAGGUGGUGUAAGAGGAACCAUACCUUGGAUGGCGCCAGAGCUUCUGAACAAUAAGAACAACCUAGUAACAGAAAAGAUUGACGUGUACUCAUUUGGAGUAGUCAUGUGGGAACUCUUAACUGGAGAGGAACCUUAUGCAGACUUGUAUUCGGAGGAAAUAAUAGCUGGCAUAAUCAAAGGCAUUCUCCGACCUGAAAUUCCAAACUGGUGUGAUCCAAGUUGGAGAUCAUUGAUGGAAAGGUGCUGGUUAUCAGAUCCUGACUCUAGGCCAGCCUUCUCAGAGAUUUCAAAGGAGCUACGUGCCAUGGCAGUAGCCAUGAACAUUAAAUGACCCAAAGGCUGAGCCAUGGGCCAGACUAUUAGUCUUUUUGCUUAUCUUAGGCU